GAAAAAUCGCACCCGUUUCUCACGUCAAGUUUUCUAUACCCCCAGCUGUUCCUUCAUUCACUUGUUUAUUUAUUGAUAAAUGUAUUCGUUACUUCUUUUAAAUUAAGUUCCAAAAUGUGUUCAUUACGUUUCCGUAUUUUUUAUCUUGUGACUUGAAAAUGUGAAGUGUACAGUUUACUAUUUUUAUUGUUUCGGAAGUCUAAUUCAGUUUUAAGAAUAUGUGAAUAUUUAUAUUAAAUAGUUUCCUUUUUGUAAUAAUAAUGUGACGUAUAAAAUGAUGGCCUAAAGAUUUUGAUAAUAGUGACGGUUUAAAGUGAUUGCACUUUGCGACAGAGACGCAUAAUGUUUGUAUAAGGCUAGUGUUUUGUGAGUGAGGGAGAAAGAUGUCGCUGCCGAUGAAGCGUUCGUUCAGCUCGGAGGGGGGCGCCUCCAAGCGUGACUGGAAGUUGAGGCUCAGCCUUCGGAGCCGGAGCGGUCACAGCGUGGAAGCGCUGCGCGGGCGACGUUGUGCAUCUCUUCGAUCGGCUGCUACGCCGCUACGCGCAGACGAUUCAGGGCGUAGCACACCAUCUGCGCCGCACCGCACCUCCUCCUCUCCAGCUGACACCCCCGCACCAAAGAAAUCUAACUGGGAGGUUAUCGAACAUUUUUCCUCCAAUCGGACUAAGAAAAGUCCUACUUCAGUGGAAACUGAAGGCGGUGCCGUCUCUUCAUCCCCAGCGCUCCCACUCUGUCCGGCUGGGAAACCGGAUGUUGACGCACAACCAUUGCUCUGUGAAGACACUCGCAACGAGCAGGGAGGAGGAGCAGGCGGCACCAACGAUGACGGUGAAGAAGAUGAAGACGACUGUUGGCAUCAGUGCAUCGAGAGCUGUCCUCCGCCCUUGCGUGCUGUAUGCGAGACACACAGAUUUGAAAACUUACACGUCGAAAUGCUUUACCAGCGCUAUUUUCUGCGCAUGAACCAAACGAAUAUGACUCAUCUACUCGGACUAUUGCUGUUGGUCGCCGUUGGGCUGAUCUCCGUACAAAUAAAGACACUACUCUUGGCACAUAAUUACCUUAAUGGUCUCCUACCGCCAAACAAUUUCCUACUGGACUCGGAAUCUUACAGAUUGCCGACGUUCUCGACAAUGAGCUACUACGAACUCUCGGAUCUAAACUCUACCAAAUUUAAGCGAGCCUACUACGAGAAGGAGCGUGUGGCUCACAUUAUUAAUACGAUUACCCUCGGAAUUGUCUCUCUUGUUUAUACAUGUUUAUUGGCUUGCUUGAGCCGACCAGCUAUAAACGAGAUUUACCUGUUGACGAUAUCAUAUGUCGUACUCGUCACAUUUCUGCUGAUCGAGUUCGCAUUCGCUGGAACUUCAGUCCUAAGAUCUUUGGACUUGAGCUGCGGCACUUGUGCCUUGUUUACGUAUGUGACGUAUGCGACCCUACCGGUUAGACUACACGAGGCAACGGUGGGUGGUCUUGCACUCGCCGCUGUCAAUAUUGGAGCACAGAUUAUUAUGAACAAGGCGACGGAUGUGCAGAUUUUCUGCAGUCUGGUUACUCUAGUCGCCUGCAACGUGGCUGGAAUCAUGACUCACCAUCCCCGCGAGCUCGCACAGCGUCGCGCAUUCUUGGAGACCAGGGAUUGCGUUGAAGCGCGCCUCGUAACACAGAGAGAAAAUCAACAACAGGAACGAUUACUACUCUCCGUUCUACCUCGCCACGUUGCCAUGGAGAUGAAAGCGGACAUUGCCAACCAGCCGCGUCAGGAGCAAUUUCACAAAAUCUAUAUUCAAAGAUACGAGAAUGUGAGCAUCCUGUUUGCGGACAUCUGUGGCUUCACCUCUCUUUCGGACCAGUGCACUGCUGAGGAACUCGUACGCCUAUUGAAUGAACUGUUUGCUAGAUUCGAUCGUCUCGCGGCUGAGCACCAUUGCCUUCGAAUCAAGCUCUUGGGCGACUGCUAUUACUGCGUGUCGGGUCUACCGGAAGCUCGCGAUGACCAUGCCAAGUGCUGCGUUGAAAUGGGACUCGACAUGAUUGAUGCGAUUGCUCUGGUACGUGAGGUGAUGGCGGUGAAUGUAAACAUGCGCGUGGGCAUCCACACCGGACGAGUACACUGCGUCGUCCUCGGACUACGCAAGUGGCAGUUUGAUGUGUGGUCAAAUGAUGUUACACUUGCCAACUACAUGGAGAGCGGCGGAGUUGCUGGGCGAGUACAUAUUACGAAGGAAACCCUACGAUGCCUCGGCGAAGAUUACAAAGUUGAACCAGGAUAUGGUGGUCUCCGUAACGUAUAUCUGAAGGAUCAUAAUAUUGAGACAUACCUCAUUGUACCGGAUGACACUAGCCGAGUGGACAAGAAACCUCAGAAUUCGUUCUCACUAAACGGAAAUGUAUCGAAGGAAAUGCGCGUUAUGGGACACGGAUCACAGCAUGGGAAACACUCCUCCAAGAUCGGUGUGGAUGCGAACAAUGAGAAUAAGAAACCAGAGGAUGAGGUGAACGAGUAUCUAAUGAAGGCAAUUGAUGCCCGCUCCAUCGACCGUCUCCGCGCCGAGCACUGCCAGCCAUUCACACUGACCUUCCGCGACAAUAAGCUGGAACGCAAGUACACCGCUGAGAGGGACAGGAUGCUGAAAGUAUAUUUCAUCUGCUCCUUGGUUGUAUACUUUGCUGUGGCCAUUGUUCAACUUCUCGUCUUCGACAUCAACGCGGCGGUCAUCGCGACGAUCAUUGUUUCUGGAAUUGUCAUCUUCAGCUUCACGUAUUUGGUGCUCAGCAUUAACUUUGAGCGCGUGAGUCCACGGGUAAAGCGGCUAGCGAUGAGUGUACAUAACAACCGCACGCUUGCGCAACUGCUGUCAUUCAUUGCGGUGGGAGCUGUCGUCCUACAGAUCAAGAUAAUUAUGGGAAUAUACAUGAUCUCGCCUCGAACAACCCCAACAUCAGAUGACGGAACUGCGUAUUGCCCACACGACAUCAACGAGCACUACCUACAACUGACGCUGAUGGUGAUGUUCCUGUGUGCGGUGCACCAGAUCCUCAUCACGAUGAUAAAGACGUUGGUUCUGUUCGUGAUCAGUGUGACGUAUAUUGCCGUCACGGUCCAGAAGCAUCUCUACUACCAAGAACACUUCUCCAAUUAUCAGCACAAAUGCGAUGUGGACUGGAACCAACACUGGACGAACGUCGUGGUAGCUCUCGGUGCGCUAGUGGCGCUGAUGUUACACUCACAGCAGACGGAAAGCACAUACCGCCUUGACUUCAUCUGGAAACUACAGGCUACGGAUGAGAAGGAAGAUAUGGAACAUCUUGAGGCAUACAACCGAAAACUACUCGCAAACAUCUUGCCUGAACACGUUGCGCAACACUUCCUCUGCAGCGACAAGAAUAUUGAUGAACUAUAUCACGAGCAAUGCGAGUCAGUGUGUGUAAUGUUCGCUUCGAUUCCGAACUUCUCCGAGUUCUACGUAGAGCUGGAGGGAAACAACGAAGGCGUAGAAUGUCUCCGACUUCUGAAUGAGAUCAUUGCUGACUUCGACGAGAUUUUAGCCGAGGACCAGUUCAAGUACAUUGAGAAGAUUAAGAGCACGGGAGCGACUUACAUGGCUGCGUCUGGACUAACAGUUGCUACCAGAGAUCUUAGAGGCUACCGCCAUGUCACCGCAAUGGCGGACUACGCACUGCGCCUGCGCGAACAACUUCAAUAUGUAAAUGAGCAUUCGUUCAACAGCUUCCGCAUCAGAAUUGGUAUCAACAUUGGACCGGUAGUGGCCGGCGUGAUCGGCGCCCGCAAGCCACAAUAUGACAUUUGGGGCAAUGCAGUAAACGUUGCGUCUCGAAUGGAUUCCACUGGACUGCUCGACCACAUCCAGGUGACGCAAGAAGUGUAUGACAUUUUGGCGACUCGUGGCUACCGGCUCCGGUGCCGCGGCACUAUUGACGUCAAGGGCAAGGGCAACAUGGUUACAUUCUUCCUCGACGGGAUCGGUGAGACGCCACAAGCGGGAAUAAGGGACAUUUAUGCUAACCCAACACCAUCGACGUCGGGCGCCGGAAGUGACGUUAGUGCCGACCGUGACGGUAUUGACGAGCGACGCCUUGAGCACCGACCUCUCGAGACACUCUCCGAGGGACACACCGAUGAAGACGGUGGACCCUCGCCACGAGCGUCAAUUCCAAAGGAAAAUCUAAACGGUUCAAUGAGCCCAAAGCUGUUGAAUGGGAAGUCAACGUCCCGCGAGAGUCUUGCGAGCGCCGUCCGAGCGCGCGUCCUACGUCGCCUCGAGCGCCCACAAUCCCUGGCCGAGGCCUCAACUCUCCCCGCUGUCGUUUCCCUCAUCACCUCCAAGGCACACUCCCUGAAUUUCGAUGGCACUACCUACUACACCCAGGAUGAGACUACGAAGCGAUCUCUCGAAACUGUUAAGCCAGUAGUUGAAUCCAGAAGUAGCGGGGAUAUUGAAACACUCCUGCAGGACAGCGGGCCACGACGAGCUGCUAGCCUCGCCGACUUUCUGUUCAGAAGAAAGCAGGCUAGAUCAACUACUGCUGCUGUAAACAUUAUCGAAAAUCCAAUGAAUGUUUUGUAAGUGAGUUAUUAAAUUUAUCUCACAUUUGAUUACGACUUAACCCGGAUAUGACGAAUAUGUACCCAACUUUGACUCUGAGAUCGCCGUCCUAUAAAAUUUAUAAAUGUUUAAUACUAAAUCGGAGGUGAACUCUACCCGGAAUUGGCACAGCUCCCGGAUUUGACAACACACUCGGCUUGACCUCAACUCAUAUCAAGACUGACUUUGCUAACUGACAUUAACGUCUAAAGCGUCGUUGCGGGGCGUGCCCUCGUUUCGGCGUUACUCUACGAAUUUAUGAUAUUAAUGCGGAUUGGUUUUAAUCAUGGUUGUGAUUAAGUUUGCGUACGACGCGGGAUUGUAACUUUAGUAUAGAAAAAUCCGCAUAUAUACUGUCAAUUGAUAUAUUCCACACAUUGUUGAAUGUAUUCACGAUGUAGGUUUUUAAAGGGCAAGUAACGAUAGGAUUUGUAAUGAGUAGAUAGGAUGGUUUUAAGAAAAUGAAACAGAGUAUGUGAUCGUAAUUCAUUUAGUAGCACGUUAUAGUUAGAUAAUUUUACCUUUUGUGCAAUUUCAAAUAUUUCGAUAUUUUCUAAUAAUUUACGUUUUUUCUGUUUUAUUAUAAAAUAUAUUCAGCAAAACUGUUUCUAAAAAAAAAAAACUUCGGAUUUAUGAUAAAUUUAAAUGCUGUCUGUUUUUACGCUGACCUCAGAAAUAUGACUAAAAUAGAAAGUCAUAAACGCAAAGAUUAAUUAUAAGUGGAUUUUUAAUUAAGACACGAAUUUUAAAAUCACCAAAGUACACUGAUACUAAAAGAAGCAAACAUGCAUUAUUUUUAUUAUUUUUGUUUGUGUCCAGGCCAAACAUAAUAAUCGAUUCAUCUAAUUUUCGAUUAAAUCUAAAUAUUCGUUAAAGCUAUUCUUAUAACAAGCCUGCGUUACAUAAGUUUAAAUUAUUAUAUACUCUGUGCUUGUAUAUAGCUGCAUAGCACGUGUUUAUAUACUUUACAAUACCUUAUGUCAAAUGAGCUUAUUUUAAAUAAGUAGAAGUAGCAGCUUUUGAAAUAUAUGUACGUAGAAACACAAAAAACAAUAGAAAAAAAAUACCAAAAAAAUAACCAAAUAAAUGUCUAUCUACAUUAGCAGUUAUGUAAUAAAUUAAGAUAUAUCUAUGAGUACGGUCUAACUUACAGCUUCCGUUGCGUUGUUCUAUUUCGUACAAGUAACGAUCGAGGAGGAAUUAAUUUCGUUUUAAAUUCACAGACCACCGACGACGAAGUGCGAUUACUGAAAGAUAAUGAUGAUAUUGAAAUUAAUUUCAGAUCAAUUCAAAUUAAUUGCUCUUCUUUGUAAAAUGAAAGUGGUGGACGAAUUAUUAUUAUUGCUUUUUACUUCUGGUCGAUAACUUCAAAACGAGGUUUAUUACAUUACAGACAAGCAACAUUUUUAAGUAUUUAAUUGCUAUUUUUUUCCGAGCUCAAGCUCAACAUCAAGGAUCAAUCUCAACAUUAGAUAAGAAUGACUUGAGUAUAUUUGCUUAUUUAUAACUUUGUAAAUAGUAUUUUUCUUAAGAAUAGAAAUAAGAUGUUUAUUAAGUAGCGUGAUAUUAUAACCGCUGAUUCGAUUCCUACAUUCAAAUAAGAACUUUCUGUAGUUAUUGUAAAUAUUUUUUACAUCAUUAAUUGUUGCCAAACUAUUCGAUAUUUAAAAAUGUGUAAUGUCUACUGUCGUGUAAAAUUAUUGUCAUAUUAUUAUACCCUGUUCAAGUUAGCUUGAUCUUUUUGA